AUGGAAGUGAAGAAAAUACGAAGCGUGCUUAAAGAUCCAGCUGGUGAUGGCAUACAAGGAUACACCUUAUCUCCGUAUCUGUUUCUAAUCAUUUGUGAAGCCUUGACCGAGAACCUAAGAAAACUCUUCAAUGAUGGAGUUAUUAAAGGGGAUCAAGUUGGGUCGAAGGCGGAGCAAUCAAAUUGUCUACAACUUAAGAAGCUCCUUCAAGAUUAUUGUCAUGCUUCAGGGCAAGAGAUUAAUUUCGACAAAUCCUGCAUUUAUUUCAGUGUUGACGACCCUGAGGUCUAUCUAGGCCUUCCUACUAUAUGGAAAAGAUCAAAAAAAUUGGCUCUUGGAUAUAUCAAGGAAAGAAUGAAAAAGAAAGUGCAAGGAUGUGCAAAGAAAUUAACGGUGACAUUGCGAGAUUUUGCUGGGCUAAUCAAGAUAAGGAUUUUGGUAUGCAUUUGUUUGUCCGUCGCAAAUCUUGCAGCCUGGUGCUCCGGGAAGAGGGGAUGCGCGUCAACACGUGACGUCCUCUUUUUGGAUGUGGUGCGGUUGUGCGCGGGCGUGCCAGCACGGUCUACCGUGCGUCGAGAUGAUGAUGAGGUUCGGGUAGAAGAUGGUUUAAAUGUUGCGCCUGUUUUGAAUUCGACUCCUAAUCAAAGGAUUGUGGCCGAGCGGUGCUCCGGCGCGUUGCUCAGAGAGCGACGGUCGUAUGAUAUAUGGGGGUCUACCACUACUCCUAAGAAAGCAAAUAAAGUCCUGAGUUUAGCAUUUAUAGGAGUCCUAGAGGGACAUUCGAGGCUGACAAGACCUGCGUGGUGGAGCCUGGCUAGGCAAGUGGGUAGUCAAAUCGGCAUUUGGGAUCGUGAAGCAUGGUGGUCUAGGGUUGAGAAGCAUGGUGGUGUGACCCCCAUAAAUCUCGGCAAAUCUCGGCCACCGCCCUGA